AUGGUCCUGCUCGUUCCUUUCCUUUGCCUGGUUUUCGCCCACCUGUCUUUUGCUCAGGAUGCGACGGCGUCAACUUCUAUAAGCUCUGCCGCGUCAGCGAGUAGUUCAGCUUCGCCAGCCAUCGGCUGGUCUAUUCCCUUGGUCGGCCUCGAAGAUGACCCAAAGAAGCCAUGGGGGGCGAAUGUUUCGCUUGGCAGGGGUGACAACGCCGGCUAUCAAGUAGUUCCUAUUGUUAUAGGCAGCAACGGGAAUGUCAACACCGGACGAGGUUCUUCAAGCGACGUUGCAACAUUUCCCUUCGCUGUCAGCGCGGAUCCGGAUGGCGAUCGUAUCUUCAUGUCCCCCGAGAAUAACACUGUCCUGUCGCUAGGCGUAAGCUCUUCGCUAAGUUUCUCGCAAAUAUCUGGAAACCGCAAGGAGACCAUACCUUCUGUUCCCUUCUGCCUCAACCUCGGCCGCAAGGGACUCUGGAACGGGUCCUUGACUCUAGGAGAUCAUUUCUACGACCGGAAUCGCAUCCUUCAUCAGAUAUCAUUCGAUGGAGUUCCCGAUACAAAUGAUGCGCACAAUGGCACGUUCUUGAUAUCAGGGAGGCAAAAAAUCAAUAACGUGGAAAUGGCGAUAUUGAAUUGGGGAGAUGUCACUAGAACUGAACAAGAAUCUCUUCCGACGUCAGAAGAUGUGAUUUUGGACUUCAAUAGCGAAAGUGUUACCUUUCCCCGUCAAGAUUGGUGUGGUAGAAACGUGUCCCUCACUUUCUUUGGCAGCGCUCUGAACGUGCGCAUUCCCGAUUACUUGACCAAGUCCCCUGACCGCUGCAAGCCAGUUGAGAAUACAAACCCCCCUGGGGCCCCUCUGAUUCUCGGAAAACCUUUCUUCCAAAUGGCAAAUAUCCUUGUUCGCCCAGGUGGUGAUAUGUACCUAGCGGCCGCAAACACAUGGGACCUUCCACCUUUUCCUGAAACAAUUUCAGACAUGGGUUACAUCGGCUAUCCAGACGAGCCUAUCCCACCGGCGUCACCCACGCCCACUCCAUCCUCCGGACCAUCGGAGGGUAAGAGAAGAAUGCGGCUCGUAAGGUCGAAACAACCGCCUCCUUAUACGGCGAAGGACCCCAACGCUAUUCCUUUGAAUUGA